AUGGGAGGGAUUGGCAAAAUGACAAUGGCUCAAGUGGUGUACAAUCACAAGGAAUUGGAAGGUUUCAAGAUUGAGGAAAAAGCAUGGGUCUGUGUUUCGGAUGAUUUUGAUGUUCUCACUAUCUCAAAAAGUCUCAUUGGGUCAUUAAAAGGCUCCCCGUUCUUCAUUCCAAUUGAUUUAAAUGGAGUGCAAGUUGAACCGCAGAAGGCAGUAAAUGGGAAAAAAUUCUUGAUAGUAUUAGACGAUGUUUGGGAGGUAGACUAUAGUAAAUGGGAACAGCUUAUGUCUCCCUUCAAGGCUGGUGCACCUGGAAGCACGAUGAUCGUCACAACACGCUAUAGAUAUGUCGCUCAAACAAUAAGAUGCCCUGAUUCUGAUACUUAUCCUUUAGAGAGUUUAUCUGAUGAAGCUUGUUGGUCCUUGUUGAACGAAAUAGAGACAGUAGCGAGAACAAAACAACAAUAA